AACAGGGAAGUGAACUGCACUUCCUAUUUCCUCGCGUUACUGCUGUUCAGUGACCCAGCCUGAAAACGAGAGGAUGAAAAGCGAAAGAAACGCGUCGGGCGUGAAGUUUUUCUAUGAAUAAAGUGCAUUACAGUGCAUGUUACUGUGUCUCGGGUUCGAAUCCGGUUGCGCGCACAAUGGCAGCGUCGCGCUCGCGGGCGUCGCUUUGAUUUAACCGGAACUUUUGCGUUUCUCAAGUUUUAUAGGUUGGUGGAUGAAGAGAUAUCAAGAUGAAGAAACAGUUUAACCGCAUGAAACAGCUCGCCAACCAGACCGUCGGCAGAGCAGAGAAGACAGAAGUUCUGAGUGAAGACCUUCUUCAGAUCGACCGUCGACUGGAAACGGUGCGGCAGGUCUCCCACAAUGCACACAAGAGGAUGGUCACGUGCCUGCAGGGUAACCAGGGUAUGGAUGUGGAGAAGAGACAUAAAAAGCUUCCGCUCACGGCUCUUUCCCAAUCCAUGCUGGAAGGAGGAGUUCAACUCGGAGAGGAUUCUCUAAUAGGAAAGAUGAUGGACCUGUGUGGACAGGCCGAAAGUAGACUGGCCUUCGAGCAGAGCCAACAUGAGGUUCAGAUUGAGAGGGACGUUAUAGAUCCUCUCAACCAACUUGCAGAGGUGGAUAUUCCUAAUAUCCUAAAGCACAGAAAGCAUCUAGCCAAGCUCGUGUUGGAUUACGAUUCUGCAAAAGCAAGGUAUGUCCAGGCCACAAGAGCAUUUCCUACUGCAGCAAACGCUCAAGCAAUGGCUACCAAAGUUGAUACGCUUAAAGAUGAGAUGGAUGAGGCCCAGAACAAAAUGGAAAUGUGCAAGGAUCAGCUGGCCUCAGACAUGUACAUAUUUUCAUCGAAAGAGGGAGAAUACGCCCGCUAUUAUGUUCUGUUGUUAGAAGCACAAGCUGAAUACCACAGAAAAGCUCUGGCUUGCAUUGAAAGCGCCCUGCCCAAUAUACAAUCACAGCAAGAUAAAUGGACGGAGAAACCAGCGUUUGGCACAGCUCUGGAGGAACAUCUGAAACGCAGUAACCGUGAGGUCGCUCUGCCUUUAGAAGCUUGCGUCAUGAUGUUGCUAGAGACCGGCAUGCAUGAAGAGGGUUUGUUUCGUAUCGCUGCUGGAGCGUCUAAACUCAAGAAGUUAAAGGCGGCGCUGGACUGUUCCACUUCUCAGUUAGAGGAGUUUUAUUCUGACCCUCACGCUGUAGCCGGAGCCCUGAAGUCUUACCUGCGAGAGCUGCCUGAGCCUUUGAUGAGUUAUCAGCUUUAUGACGAGUGGAUACAAGCUUCAAAUGUUUCUGACCCUGAUAAGAGACUUCAGGCACUUUGGGUUGUGUGUGACCAGUUGCCAAAGGCCAACAAAACCAAUUUUAGGUACUUGAUGAAGUUUCUCGCCAGGCUUUCUCAGGACAGCGACAUCAAUAAGAUGACCGCGAGUAACAUCGCCAUCGUACUGGGACCCAACUUGCUGUGGGCCAAGACGGAGGGAAGUCUUGCUGAAAUGGCAGCCACUACCUCUGUUCACGUGGUGUCUAUCAUCGAACUGAUCCUUCAGCAUGCAAACUGGUUCUUCCCUGAAGAUGUGGACUUCAACGUUUCAGGCAUGUUUGCUAUGCCUGGAUGCCCGGGUACCCCUGACUCCGAAGUAGGAAGCAUAGACCGAAGGCGUCCUGGCAGCCAAGGGUCAUUCGAUUCUGACAGCUCUCGCAAAGACAGCCCUGCUAACAAACAGCCGGAUCACUCCGUUCGUAGAGCUGGCACUUUACAUAAAAAGCAGCACUCCGUGCCUAACUUCCAGCCCCCUCUUCCUCCCGUUGAUCCCGGGGGGGCUCCUGUGUUUGAUCCCGCCCCUCUGUCACCCCCUAGUGGGGCUUUGGAGGCUGGGCAGGUGACUCAGACUGAGAACAGUAAUAUCAUCCGAGAAACGGCAUCCACACCUCCAUCCCUUAAAAAUGGAUCAGGCGGUGCGAGUGGAACCCCGAAUCAGUUGAAUUUGGGGACCCCUGCUUCAAGUUCCAAGGGUCCCAGUCCUUUCAUGGUGCGCAGAGGUACAAAGAAACAAGCACCUGCACCUCCUAAACUGGCACCCCCUACUGCACCGCAAGGUACCACCAAGGUAGCCCCUAACCAGACCACACCUGUGAGCGCCCCCCACCCUACCACUACACCUCGACGCCACACCCAGCCCAUUAUCCAGGCCCCCAGCCAUCCACCUCCACAACCUCCUGCGCAGAGCGCAGAAGAACCCGAAUCUUCUCCGCCCAGAACCCCCACACCACCGGAUACACCAACACAUGACACAUUCCAGACCCCAGGAUCCUCCUAUUCCACCGCAUCUCUGUCGCGCCCCAGGCCAACCCCUCGACCACGGCCCAAACCCGCGGUCCCGCCGCCACCCCAGCCAACUAGUGAAGCUGCCAACGGCGUCUGUGUUUCUGCAUCCAAGAUCAUCUCGGAUGUUUGAUGAUCUGUGCCUGAGCUGUGAUUUGAGUGACAGGCGAUGAUGGAGAUGAAUCUAUCACGGGACCAGGGCUGGACCUUGUCCCUGAGCUACCUGAGCUAGCUGAGGAUGAACCAGUAGAAACACUCCCAGAACCCCAACACCAAUCAGAAAGCACCGCCUUGUAAAGGAGGAGGAGCCUAAUAAUGGCUAUGUUCAGAAUGGAAUACUAGUAUACUAGAGUAUGCAAUAUAAAAUAACAAUGUUGCAUACUACUGCAUAGACAUCAUUUCACAAUAAUUCCCUAUGAGGAGUUUUCUUCGACCAGUGAAAAAACAGACCGUCCACUUGUCCUGCGAAUUAAUUUAGCAAAGUUAUAUAAAUGAAUAUGGUUGUAACUCGAUUGAAGCUGAUACAUAUCUAGCAUACUCAUUUGUUUAUUGUGUACAGCUCAUUUUGGCAAAUAUAGUAUUCCAAAUAUAGUAUUGCACAUCCUAUGCACAAAUAUAAAGAUUAGUAUGAAAGUAUGCCAAUCCGAACAUAAUCAUUUCCUUCAGCCCUGUUAAACAUAGUCAUGCUUCACAACCAACAAACCAUUGAGGUUUUCUAGAAGCUUCCUGGCGACUCUCUAGCCUCACAAUGCUGGCACAUUGUAAUGAUGUAAAGUCGCAAAUGCGCACAUAUUAACAUGCUAUACAAUCUCAUUGCCUCUCACACGCAUCGCAAAGUAUGGGCUUGGUUUUGAAUGUCUGAGUUAUGCGAUUUGAUUUCUUUUUUGUUUGUUGGUUGAUUGAAUAAUUCUUGUUUCUUAAUACAUUUGGAAAGAUGAUUGGGAAGAACUAUAGGAAUGGUUAUGAUGUAAGGAAAAAUAGACACGCUCGAUUUAUAAAGGCACACAUGCAGAAGUAUGUGGAGUAUUUUUUUUCUUGGGGUGCAAUACUGACUGUAAUGUAGUUUGUAUUUCAUUACAUGAUUUUCCUUAUAAAUAAAUUCCAGGGGUUUAUAAAGUUUAUCUUGGUGGGGUAUACAGUACAAUACAUUUGCCUAUUCAUCCACCAUUGAUCCGUUUAUAUGCGACCUUGGACCACAAAACCAGUCAUAAGGGUCAGUUUUUUUAUUAAGGUUUAUGCAUCAUCUGAAAGCUAAAACUAGUAUUCGAAAAUCUGGAAUAUGAGGAUACAAAAUUUUAAUGUUGAGAAAAUCGCCUUUAAAAUUGUGCAAAUAAAGUCCGACAGAUAUUAUCAAUGAUAAAUAAAUGUUUGAUAUAUUAAUGGUAGAAAAAUUACAAAAUAUCUUUUUUACUUCAUAACCUAAUGAUUUUUUUGCAUAAAAAAAAUAUCAUUUUGCCCAUGCAAUGUAUUUUUGCUUCUGCAACAAAUAUGUAUGUGAAACUAAUGACUGGUUUUGUGCCCCAUACUUUGAAAACUGUUUAAUUUUUGAAAUGACCAAAGAUAUUGCUAUUGAAAGUAUGUGAUUGUAUAUGUUGUAUAAGGGCUGUUGAGAUGUAUGUCACGAUUUAUGCUAUGCAAAAAGAGCACUGACAAUAAUGUGAAACGUUUUAAGGAUCCAUUGAGCUCAGGAAACAUACAGCCAGAAAGCCAAAGUCAUUUUAUCUCUCUAGAUGGAGUUUGUAUCUUUAUUUCUGUGGUUAUGUACCUUUACGGUGUUCUUAAUUGUACAUAUUGAUUUCUUUUUCUCCUGCACUGUUGUUUAUCACAUUAUGCAGUGCCUAAGAUGAACAAUCGUUUGUUUUUCGACACAGCAGCUUUUUUCUAAUUAUAUAUCUAAUAAAAUGGCAAACAAUU